GCUAAGACCACCGCCUUGCGCUCUUCACCCAGCGUUGCACACAUUACCGAGGUGACGAGCUCCCCCCUUGCUGGCACUCUUGGCGGUAGCAUCAGCAGGGGACUGGUGUGAGCAAAGGCAUCCACAAUCAGCGGGGCUGGUGUGGCCUCCCUGUCCCUGCUGAGAGGGUUCCUGCUGUCCCCAAUCAGGGACAAUGUGAGGGCUGCUCUCCAGUGUCCCAGUCCUCCUGGCCACCAGCAAGCCCUGGUACGCGGCAGGGCCAGCACCCUGUGCCCGUGACCCCAGCCCUCCUCCCUCACCCUGGGGCCCUCUCUUCUCGUCCUCUCCAGCAGCGAGUGCCGCCCCUGCUGCCAGCUUUGCUGCGGGCACUGCCGCCGGCACUGCCGCCGGGUGUCUCUGCGGGGCUGCUGGCACUGCCCAGCUAAGCAGCACCUUCAGGGCACUCAGUGUGACGUGGCUUCGCUGCCUCCCUUCCUCCAACAGGCCUUUGAAGAAUACCUCCAGCCUCCUGAGAGGACAGACGUGGUCCUGGUAUUCAUUGAGGCAAUGAGAGACGCCAGCAGCUUUGACAAGGAGGCGGCCAGAAAUGCUCUGGGCAUGGUCAUGGGACACCCUGAACUCUGGCUGGCAGAUGUGCCAAAGAUCACGACCUGCAUCCACCAAAACCUGGAAUGCAUCAACAUGGACUCAGCCCGGCAGAGCAUGGAGUCCCUGCUUCUCCUGAUGGCUGAGGAGAACCCUGGGGAGGUGGUCAGGACACUGCUGAAAAUCGCUCCACCAGGAGACAGCACUGCCCUGGACAUGUGGGAGGCGAUGUUCUCUGUGCCUCAGACCCUGCACAACGUUUUGAGGGAGCUGCACAUCCAGCUCCAGGACCGGCGCUACAGGGUCUUAUCCACACCCUUGGAGGACAUCUCCAUCCUUCGCCUGGCUCUGCUGGCCAGCAGUGAUCUGGAAGAGGAGGAGUUUGCUCCAAUGUACCUAGCCGGGAGGUUUCUGAGGCAACGAAGGCCGGCGAUGCUCUCCUUGGUGCUCAGCGGCAUCAUGACGCUGUCGGAGAAAGAAGAGAUGGCAAGAAAAAUGCUGGUCCUGCUGCCAGACCUGAGGAGGGUCCUGUUCUUUGGCUAUAAGGCUGUGACGAUGAAGGCUCUGGUGGUCUUCAGACACUUGUUGGCUCAGCUGGAGAGGGAGAAGGCCAGCCCCAUCGCUGUGCAGCUGGCAGAAUUUGUCCUGCCCUUCUUCGAUGACGUAAGGCUGCUGGGGAAGCCUGAGCCUCGUGGGUGGGAAGCGGGCAAUGACAGCUGCCCUUCCACCCAGCCACUCCGAGCAGGGUCUUCUCUCCUUUCUCCCCUGGGCUUUUGUGGGAUGGCUUCUGCAUUCUGCAGCCCAACCCAGCUUCUCCCUGCUAGAUGCUCUCAGAGGCCUGAGGGCUCUCCCAGGGAGGGGACAGGACCUGAUUGUUUUUCCCAGACCCCGUGGCGAGGGGCUGAGGCUGAACCAGUGGUCCAUGCCCUGGAGGCAUUGCCAAGACCAGCCCAGUCUCCUCAUGAGCCUGUCUGUGGGAGGGAGCUCUUCCCCACUGUGGCUGGAGCUGAGCCAGAUGAGAGAGAGCUCCAUCAGCCUCUUCAGAGACCUGAUGAAGAUGGUGGUGGAGAACCACAAGAGACAGAUGAAGAGCAUUGCACAAGCGAGCCUGCUCCCACUCUUCUUCCACAUGAGUGA